AGCAAGAAACACUGUUGCCCCACUACUGCACUCCAGGAGAGAGGCGCCGCGGAGGUGGGCGAAACCCACCCACAGAUAGGAGACCCUGCGGCUGCUUCCAUUCGAUUCCCUUCCCCGCACGAAACCCCCUCCCCUCUCCAAUUUCAUCCAUGUCAGCGGCCGUCCGCUCCCGCGCCUCCACCGCGGCCGCGGCGGCGGUCUCUGCCGCGCGCCGCAUCCACGCGAGCCGCGCCGCGGAGCUGCAGCGGAACGGCUCGAGCCCCGCCGGCCUCCGCCCACCAUGGGCUCUCUUCCGUCGGCGCCAGCAGCAGGAGCACCUCCCCCGCGCCGCCGCAGCCCUUUUCCAGGACGCCGUCGCUGCCGGCUCGGACGGCGGGGAGCCGCCGGAGAUCUGGCGCCAGCCCGGCGAGCGCGCGGGCACCAUCGGGAGGAUCGACGUGGUUAGGGUUGCUGGUGGCGGCGGGGAAGGAUUUGAUGGGAAGGACGGGGGCGGAGACGGUGGGGGCUGGGGCGGCUCCAACCUGAGCCGCCAGUUCCCUACGCCCAAGGAGAUUUGCCGUGGGCUCGACAAGUUUGUCAUCGGUCAGGAGCGAGCAAAGAAGGUGCUGUCUGUAGCUGUUUAUAAUCACUACAAAAGGAUAUCUUGCGAGUCACUCUCCAGCAGGUCUGCCGGAGACUGUAGUGAAAGCGAUUCUUGCAUGAGCGAAACUGACAUGGUAGAGCUUGAGAAAAGCAACAUUCUUAUGAUGGGUCCGACAGGCUCUGGGAAAACACUGCUGGCAAAAACACUAGCAAGAUUUGUGAAUGUGCCCUUUGUGAUAGCUGAUGCAACAACCCUCACUCAGGCUGGAUAUGUUGGUGAGGAUGUUGAAUCUAUUCUGUAUAAGCUCCUAGUGGCUGCUGAUUUUGACAUAGCUGCUGCCCAGCAAGGGAUCAUCUAUAUUGAUGAAGUUGAUAAAAUAAUAAAGAAGGCUGAAAGUAUCAAUCUUAGCAGAGAUGUUUCAGGUGAAGGUGUUCAACAAGCGUUGUUAAAAAUGCUUGAGGGAACGGUUGUUAGUGUUCCUGAGAAAGGGGCCAGGAGGCAUCCGAGGGGGGGUGACAAUAUCCAGAUUGAUACAAAAAACAUUCUCUUCAUUUGUGGUGGCGCUUUUGUGGACUUGGAGAAAACUAUUUCUGAAAGGAGACACGAUUCUUCAAUUGGUUUCCGAGCGCAGGUUCGCUCAAAUAUGCGUGCUAGUGGUGUCAUAAAUGCUGAGAUCACAUCUUCGCUUCUGGAAUCAGUUGAAAGUGGCGAUCUCAUUGCAUAUGGAUUAAUCCCAGAGUUUGUCGGUAGAUUUCCAAUUCUUGUUAGUCUAUCCUCCCUCAGCGAAGAUCAACUUGUUGAGGUUCUUACUAAGCCAAAAAAUGCCCUUGGCAGGCAGUACACAAAGUUGUUUGAAAUGAAUGAUGUUAAGUUGCAUUUCACAAAGAAGGCUUUACGGCUUAUUGCAAAAAGAGCAAUAGCGAAGAAUACAGGGGCUCGAGGUUUAAGGUCCAUAUUGGAGAGUAUAUUGACCGAAGCAAUGUAUGAGAUUCCAGAAACACGAACUGGAAAAGACAAAAUAGAUGCUGUGGUUGUUGAUGAGGAGUCUGUUGGAUCCACAAAUCAGAAUGGUUUUGGAGCCAAGAUUCUUUGUGGAGGAGGAGCAUUGGAUCGGUAUCUGGCCAAGAAUGAUGAUAAAGAAUCAACGCUUGAACAGCUUGAGAAGGCGAAUGGGGAAUCUGAGGUCGAUACUGAAGCCCCCUCUAGAGUGGCCAGCAUGUAGGGUUUCUGUCAACAGUAAUUAUGUAUAUAAAUAACUUGUUAUGGGCCGUGUAACUGUAGCCAAUUCAAAUGUAAAGUCAUGCCCAUAAAUUCAUCAUGUACAAGGUCGGUGCUGGGGGUGUAAUAUGUUAGGGCGAAUUGGCGACAGAGUCUUAAUCCUUCAGACUUUACGUUGAAGAAUAGUAAAUGGGAUAGCUUAGCUCCUCAUGGUCCUGGAUCGUUUCUAUUGCACAUCCAGAUCAGAUUCCAGGUCUGGUACUGGAAGGAUGGAAAAUUACGCUA